AUAGUUUAUUUGUAGAAAACGUAAACUUUACUAAUUUAUAAAAAUUUCAUGAUUGGCUUGAUAAAAAUAAAAAAUAACAACGUACUAAAUAAAACCAUUCAAAUGAUUAGAUUAAUGUUUUAUUAAAAUAUUAAGCUAUUUAAAUUUAUAAAAGUUCAAGUAAAUUAAUAAGUAGGGAAUGAGCGAAAAAGAUAAAAAUGUAAUGAGAGCAAUGCGUCAUAAAAUUCAAAAUCCUGGUGAAGUUACUAAAAAUGUUGUAAAUCCAAAAAAAGCAAAAAUAAACAAUAAAAUAUUAUCAAUUAGCGGUUCACAAAAUGUAUCUAAAAUAACACAAGAUAGUACGUCGGUCAAGAAAAAAAAAACCUCGUUAACCAAAGAAGGUACUUUGUCUACUGCCAAUUAUAAUAAAAUUAAACAAAACAUCAUUCUUAAGACAAAAAUUGAUAAAAAAAUCAAAAAAAAAUCUAAACCAAAAGCAAUUUUGCAAACAUCGAUAGAAGAUAAAUGUGUAGAUCUAUCAAAAACUAAAGAAAAAACAAAGGCUAUCAGCAAUGGCUUAAAAAAAAAAAAAAAAAUUUUAAAUAAGAAGCCUAAAUUAGAAGAAAGUAUCAAAAAAGUAAGCGAUAACAUAGAAAGAUAGAAGAAAAACAUCUUACC